UUCUUACUCAUCUCUAAGCAACAGCUGAGAAUUUCUUGUGAAAAUUUGUUUGAUUUGAGCAUCCUUAAAAUAACAUCGAUGGGCACAAAACGUCGGAAUAUCGAGGACGAGCUGUCCCGCUUCGAGGCAGAGAUAUCCAAACCACCUGCGCGUAAUCUUUUCGUGCCAAACCAGGUGCGUCCGAUCAUCGCCGCCAACACAUUUAACAAUGUACAGCAGAAGCUGCAGCAGCACCAACCGUCAGGAUCCAGACUGACAGUGCCGCCACCUCCGAUUCCGCCACCACCUACGUUUAUGUCGACUUUUGUUCCUACUGGCACUUCCGGCGGUUCUUCCUCAUCAAAUUCUGCACCCGCCAAGCCCUUGACCGCUACUCCUGUAGUGCUCAGCAGUGCUCCCAAGCUGUACCAGUGUCGGCAGUCGGUACACGUGCCAACUGUAGCUGCUGCACCUUCGAUUGACAUCAAUGCAGUACAGUUUGAUGUGACGCAGAAGCUGAAGAAACUAAAAGCGGAGAAGUCUGGUCCAAACCCUAUCGCCGAGGAAGCCAUCAAGGCUGCCCGAGCUUCCUCUGCUCUGCAAUCGUUCCAGGUUACCGAACGUAAAAAAAAAGACCGCAAAACUGUGCGGAUUGCAGGAGGUAGUGUCUGGGAGGAUUCCUCGCUGGCCGACUGGCCCGAUGACGACUUCAGAAUUUUCUGCGGCGAUCUCGGAAACGAUGUUAAUGACGAAGUUCUAACUCGUACUUUUAAUAAGUUUCCCUCAUUCCAACGAGCAAGAGUGGUGCGUGACAAGCGGACAGGGAAGAGCAAAGGAUUUGGCUUUGUCAGCUUUCGGGAGCCGGCCGACUUCAUUCGGGCCAUGAAGGAAAUGGAUGGGCGUUAUGUGGGAAGCCGUCCUAUCAAACUACGCAAGAGCACCUGGCGACAGAGAAGUUUGGACGUGGUCAAAAAGAAGGAACGCGAAAAGCAGGUCCUUCUGCAGGCAUUUAAUUCAAUGAACUGAAUUUUAAGUACGUGGUCUGUACAUCUUACUGUUUAGGCUAGUUUCGGUCGCACACACUCUUUGAUGGAGCAAAUUUGUUUUGGAACUUGCUGCCAAAGAUGAGCAAUAAAAUUACUUUUAGCAAUUGA